CACUGUUGCGAGGUGUUCUACUGUCUGUUACACCCCUCCACCUUCCCCUGCUGCAAUCACUGUCCUGGAGCUGAUUAAACUUGACGAUCAUCAAAGUUGGGGAAGGUGUAUCCAUGAGUUGCGGAUAGAACUUGUAAAGAUAGAGAGGAGGAGGCGGGCCCACGGCCACGACGCACCGAAGCAGCACUUCUCUCGUUCAAAUUCCAGAACAAACAUUAGCAGAUUAUAUAGUGACCCACUUCCCCUUCAAUUCAGUCAUUGUCCUCUUUCAUCUCUUCCAAUCCAAAUUAAUGGGGGAGUUCUUGGACACAUUCGAGUGUCUCAACCCCUGCCUUUACCCAUUCUUCGAAAUGGAAGCAAACUCGGAGAUCAUGAGUCAACUUGCAGGGCUCAAUGACCCUGUUUUGGGGAGCUCCAUGGAUUUUUGCAUGCCCGAGUUAUCCGCGCCUCUCUUUGAUGGAUUGGACGACGAAUUGCCAUUGGAGUUCCAGAAUCUGGCUCCGUUAGCGGGCUCUGCUGCGGAGCCGAGUGGUGGAGGGAAGAGGAAGUGGGUGGCACAGGAGACAAGUUCACAGAAUUGUUCUGAGCCUUGCGUGGUCACUGGGUCAGCAGAAAGUAAGACUACGAGGAAAAACGGAGUAAGUCAAGGUGGAAAGAGAAGCAGAAGCAAUGGCAAAGAAUUGGAGAAGCAAAAGGAGGUGGUUCAUGUGAGGGCAAGAAGAGGCCAAGCCACAGACAACCACAGUUUAGCUGAGAGGGUUAGAAGAAAGAAGAUCAAUGAAAAAAUGAGAUGUUUACAAGACCUUGUACCUGGAUGCUACAAGACAAUGGGAAUGGCAGGGGCUUUAGAUGAGAUAAUAAACUACGUUCAGUCGCUGCAGAACCAAGUUGAAUUUCUUUCAAUGAAGCUCUCGACCGCGAGCUCAUCAUUUUAUGACUGCAACUUGGGUGUCGAAAGUAUUGCAACCCAUCAGAUCCAUGUGUACAUGUGAGAUGUUGUUAUAGGGCAGAGGCAGAGAAGCAUGGACCACAGCUUGUUCUCUUGCUGACUAAAAUAAGAAAAGCAUGGUCAAUACUGUUCCAGUUGAGGAAAUCUGCCAUAAAUGCAAUUCAUCUAGUUUGGGACAAGAUUCUAACAGUCCUGUCGUCGAUCCUCAUAUAUUAAUAUCAGAAGAAUCCUAUGUCCAUGAAGAAUAUUAAUUAGUAACUAUUCAAUUGUUAAUCGUAGAUAUACAAACUGAUCAUUAGGUGCCUUUCCUUAUUGUUCAUCUAAAUAUGAUGUAUCAAGCAGGGCAAGAUUAAAGUCGUGUGUAGCUUUAUAUCCACUGUUGCACUGUCAUCAUCUUACACCUUCCUUGAUGAAAUGAUUGAGUACGCAUGAAUAAUGAGAGGGAUGCAUAUGAUGCAUCAAUCAUGUGAUCGAAUAUUUU